CGACACUGUCACGUUACUGAACUGAAGUAUUUAAGUCAACGUUUUCCACCCUUUGCGAUAUUUGAUGCCUUUUUGUUAAAAUAUUUUUUCUACUUGUUUAGGUAAUUUAAAUAGAAAAAUUUCAUAAUCAUUUAUAUAAUGGAAUCUACUGAGGAAGUAAACCAAGAUAGCGGAGACAAAGUAUUAGAGGAAAAUAAAGCAAUCCAAAAUACAGCAACACCUCCACCACAGGAACAGCCAAAGAAAUCAAAGAAAGAGGACCGUAAUAAAAAAGAUGAUAAAAUCGUAGAACAGUUCAUGAAAUCUCUGAAUUCAUUGCCAUUAGAAGAGAAAUUUUCAUCUGUUUGCAAAAAAUAUGUACAGACAGUGGACGACAAUAAAAAACUACAAUUUUAUAUCAAACAAUCAGAUAAGCGGUAUGCUGUGCUGCUGAAGGAGAAGGAACAGUUGCAACAUGAAUGUAACAAAACAGUUCUGGUUAAGUCCAAGCUGGAAAACCUUUGUAGGGAAUUACAGAAACAAAACAAGGCUAUAAAGGAAGAAGCUCUACUUAAGAUCCGUGAAGAGGAAGAGCGUCGUAAGGAGACACAGACUAAAUUUCAGGACACACUCUCAGAGAUCACCACACUGUUACAACAGAAUACAGAGAAAAACACAAAACUGAGAGACGACAACAUCAGUAUGACGGAAAAGUUUAAAAGUGUUGUGCAACAAUACCAGCUGAGAGAACAACAAGUGGACAAAAUGGCGAAACAAAUGGCUUUAGAAUCUCAAUUAUCUGAGGCUAAGCUGCAAAAGGCGUCACUGGAACACCAGGCUGAAAACCAAGUGUUGUGGGCGGAAUUGGAAAAGAGUAAUACAACCUUGAAACAGUACGAGGCCAAGAUCUUGGAGUAUCAGGGAAUUGAAACGGCGCUCAAAACACAACUGGCAGCUUAUGAAAAUAAAUAUGAAGAGUUCCAAAACGCUCUGGUGAAGAGUCAUCAGGUGUUCGGGCGGUUCAAGGAGCAGAUGGAGACUAUGUCUAAGAAGAUCCAGAACCUGGAGAAGGAGUCGUUGUCGUGGAAGAAGCGGUGGGAGACCUCUCAGAGUGCCCUAUUGGGUGUGUGUGGGGAGAGACAGGCCAGUGAGGAGCGCGCUGCCGCCGCCAACAAACAUCUUACCCACAUGCAGGCGCUAUGCAGAACUCUGCAGGCUGAUCGCAACACGCUCCUGAACAUCCUGAAGGAGAACAACAUCGAGAGACCGCCCCUGCCCGCGCCCCCGCCGGCCCCCACCCCGCCGCCCGCACCCACUCCCAUGAGUAACGCCAAGUUCGAUGCAAUGGCGGCCAACUGCACACAGCUGAGACAGAGUCUCGCGCAUCUGCAGGAUCAGCUGAACGUACUCACGAACAAAAAAGAGGAAUCUCCAAAACCGGAAACGAAGAAGAAAUCGAAGUCCAAAAAGAAGGCUGAGAAACAAGCGCUGAAAAAUCAAGAAAAGAAUAAUGUUAAGGAUAAAGAAACGGAAAAGACGACAGAUAAUUCACAGGACAAUACAUCCAACGCCGAGGACGCGGCCCACCGCGACGAAUGUCUGGAGAAGAUCGAUGACACUAUGGAGAAUUUCCUGCAGGCGGUGAACAUGGCCAACAUAAAGCUAGGCGAUCUAGAGGUAGGAGAAGUUACACAAAAUGGAGAGGAAGCGGACGUAGCUGAAGUAUUAGAUGAAGCAGUAUUAGAAAAUAAGUCUCUGGAAGACAAGGAAGUAGCGGAUAGAGCUGCGGGCAGCCAAGAGAGUGAUGAACAGAGUGAUGUACGAGAAGACAAAACAAUGGAUUGCACAGAAGAGAACUCGGACGCGAAUGAAGUUCGGGCAGAAGAAGAUGUGGCUGUUGGUGCUGAAUCUUAAAAUAAAUACUACAAUUACUAUUUGUAACGAGAAAAGGCUAACGACCAACACAUCUACCAGUAAUGAAGUCACUUUCGUUCGGACGGAUGACUCACUGAAGCUACAAUCACGGUGCUAUGUGUCUCGUUACAAUCAGUCAACUGCCUAACUUUAUUUAUAAUUUUAUAUUGUAAGUUAACGGAGGGUUUACAAAAGAUUUUGUAUGUGUUUUUUAUAGUGUUAAAAAGUACGUUCACAUCCAACAACUACGAGGGAGGGUGCUGGUGCUGCACAGGACACGCGUCUCUUAAUGCUAUGGGUUACCUUUGGAUGUGAAGUGCUUAGGACUGUUUGAAAAAUUUUUGUAUUCAUUGAAAAAUGCAAGUGCCUGAUGUUUGGAGAAGGUCUUUGAUAGCAACGUAUCGAUAGCAUAGAAUAAGUAUUAUCUCACACAAGUCUGUCCGCUCAAUAGGUGUAUGUGAUCUGAAAUGGUGUCAUAUAAUAUCAUUCUAGGCACACCCUGUACUUUCAAGUGAAAUCAAAAAUUUUGACCAAUCUUAUAUUUUCUGAUUGAAUAAAUAAAUCGAAUAAAAAAAAGCA